AUGACGUGGCGAAAACCGUGCAUCGCUUCAGGGGCUUUGACUUUUCUUAUUUAUGCUCUUAUCGUAAUAUACCGCGCUACUAGUGUUCUCAACGGACGCUCUAGUGGUGUCCAGCGCGCGGAUCUUCCCGCCGUGGAUGACAGCUGCGUUCGCUCCGUGUCGAGGGCUCUUCGUCGUGGGAGCUCUUUGCGCAACGCGAAAACCCUGACGGAGAUUUGGGACCGGACCCUACCAGUGACUUCGAAGGACACGCGAGCACUGAAAGAGUCGCUCGGCUUCUGGUGCGAGUCGGACGCGCUCUGGGCCCAACGGAGGAUUCGGUCACAACGUCAGCGAAAGCGCCAGACCGUUACCCUCGAACCAAACCCGUCGGUUUUUUUCUACAAUAACUGGGAACCGGAUAUCGGCUGUACCUUAGAGGAACGGAUCGGUAACAACGGAGACGGUGGCAAAUGGGUGUGCGACCCACCUGCUAUCCUGAACCGGGGACGGCUGUUUCGUGAGCAGCUCAGGCUCCCGUAUCGCUGCAUUGUUUACAGUUUUGGUAGCAACGACGAUUUCAGUUUCGAAACGAAGCUUCAUGAACGCUUGCCGGACUGCGAUUUUUUCGUCUUUGACCCAACAUCAUCGCCACCAUCUGCGAUGCACUCCGAGAGCUUUCUGGAACGCGUUCGUUUUUUUCGCCGGCCGCUUGGCCCGGCUGAGAGCAACAAUUCGCUGGCGGAGAUCAUGUCUGGAUUGGGUCACCUGGAGCUGCCAAACGUCGUCGAGGUGCUCAAGAUCGAUAUCGAGGGUGGUGAGUUCACCUCUUUCUUGGGAGCGUUCCGGGCAGCCGACAAGCUCCUUCGCCAAGGACGGAGCCAACGUGAACUCAGCUCUGAAGAGCAAUAUGCCUUGAGAACCUGGCACGCGCUGCGGCACGUGAAUCAAGUCCUUAUCGAAGUGCACGCGGGUUUCGCCUCUAUCCCAGAAUUGGAUGAGUUUUUCCGAGGUUUUAUGCACGCCGGGUUCGCUAUCUUUCACAAAGAACCUAAUUUAUACUGGUGUUGUGGGUCAUGCGAGGAGUACUCUUUCAUUCGCAUGCAUGACUCGUUCUUUGAAUUCAAAGAUACUAUUCAUCCAUGA